GCCGAAAGGUUGAUAGAACGUGUUCGACAGAAUAAUAUACUUUACCAUCUUUCUAAUCCACAUUUUUUUGAAUUCUAAGAGAAAAAAUAUCAUACACUGAUACACAAUAAACUGACACCGAUUUCCCUGAUAUAUGUGUGAAUGCGGGUGACAGAUGGCACGUUCCUGACAAGAACACUGAAACUGAUGAUAACUCGGAACACGGAUAGUCAUGACGAGCGAGGCCCUUUAGCCUGCAUACCUAGAUCUCAUUAAGGUUCCAACCAAAAAAAGUCUAUGGUUUCCGGCGGAAAUUCUUUCGGCAAACGCGCGUAUGCAUAAAUUAUUUUGGCGCCCAAUUCAUUUUUUGAAUACGGAGGUGGUUACAGUCGGAGAGAACAAAUCAGCAAAAUGUAAAAUUACAACAGGACAUCCAAAAGGAAUCUAAACCCGACGCUGAGUUAUCUACAACAAAUGAAAGGCUACUGGGUGAAAUAUUUCCUGCUGCAAAAGUAGUACCCAUGAUGCUGACAAAUAAAGAACCUGUAGUUUUGUCUUUUGAUGAAGUGCCGGGACCAAAAUCCUUGAAAUAUUUCGCAAGCUUUCGUCAAUACUUUUCUGAUAUUGGUACUCAAGUUACAGCUAGCGCUUUGACAAUAGGAUUGAACAUUGGCUCCUAUUUAAAUGAGAGGAAGCCAAUAAAAAACUUGUCUGCGCUGUUCGACGAGUACGGUCCAGUGGUUCGCUUCGUUAGUCCCCUUGGUAGCGACAUUGUACUGCUUAACAAUCCAGAUCAUAUCCAGAAAGUUUACGCUCUAGAAGGUGAAUGCCCUGUCAGAUCGACGUUGGAGUGCCUGGAAAAAUAUAGAGCAGAGCACAGGAAUCAUGUUUAUGGCGGUCUAUAUGCUGCUCAUGGCCAAGAGUGGACUCGCCACAGGACCGUGGUGUACAAUCCCCUGAACAGCUCAAUCAUUCAGCACAUCAAAGGUAUCGACGACAUCUGCGAGAAUUUCGCGCAUAAGAUAUACAACAUGAGGAACCAUCAGGAUGAAGUGCCAAAAGAUCUGUAUAAGGAACUGCACAAGUGGGCUUUUGAUUGUAUGGGUUUAAUAGUAUUUUCGAAGAAAUUCACUAUGUUGGACACUGAACUGGUGUACAGCCAAUGUGACAUGUCUUGGCUUUACCACAGUCUCGAGCGGGCGACCGAGGCGAUCAUCAAGUGUGAGUCGGGCCUGCACCUUUGGAAGUUUAUCAGGACCCCUGCUUGGCACUCGCUAGUCAAGUAUUGUGACAGUUUGGACAAUUUAAUUGGGAAACAUGUAAUUGAAGAAGAACAUGCUAUUAGUUACAAUGUCAAAAGUUCCACCGGAAACUUAGAUAGCAGUUCCUUGAUCCAUGCAAUGCUGAUGAGCAAUGAAAAAAUGACGGCAGAGGAUAUAGCAACAGUUCUUAUGGAUAUGCUCCUUAUUGGAGUCAACACCAUAACGACGUCGAUGUCAUUCAUGCUUUACCAUUUAGCAAAAUAUCGAAGAUCCCAAAAGAUACUCUUUGAUGAAAUAAAUAAAGCAUGUAAUCAUUUGAAUCUAGAAGACAUAAACAAGAUGAAAGAGAAUACUCCUUAUCUUCAAGCCUGUAUAAAGGAAACUUUAAGAUUAGCGCCUCCGAUUCCGGUUCUGACUAGGAUUUUAUCUAAGAAUGUCACUUUAGAUCGAUACAACAUCCCAAGAGGCACACUUAUAAUAAUGUCAACCCAAGACUCUGCACUCAAAGAAAGUAAUUAUGACGAUGCCAAUAAGUUCUACCCAGAUCGAUGGCUAAAAGAAGAUUCCAAAGAUUAUCAUACAUUUGCUUCGAUUCCAUUUGGCUGUGGAGCUAGAAAGUGCCUGGGACAAAACAUUGCAGAGGCAAUGAUGUCUCUUCUAACAAUCAGACUUUUACAAAAGUAUAAGCUUGAAUAUCAUUAUGGAGAUAUCCAGCCCACAAGAAGUUUCAUAACUAGACCAAACAGGCAGUUGAAAAUAAGGUUUACCGAUAGGUUUUAAUUAUUUAAUUUAGAUUUUGAGAGCAAGUUAUUUUACUGAAGCACAGCAAAGGUGUAUGUAUAAAGUUACUGACAGUAUAUU